CAAUUUUCCACACACUAUCCUCGCUAUUAGUGUGUGCGUGUGUGUGUGUGAACGCGUUGAUUUACAAGAAAAUACUUCAAUAAACCAAAAAAGAAAAAACACCCACAAAAUGACAACAAAUUAAAUUGAGUUGCAUUUUGCCAUAGACAGGUGCUAAGCGGGCGAGCGAAUGUAGCAGGCAGGAACAACAAACAAACAAACAAGCAACAAUAACAAUAACAACCAGCUGCUGGUGGAAGGCAUUAAGACAACAACAAAGGCAAACACUCGCUCACACACACACACUCACACAUACACAUACACACAUAGACAGGCCAGCACAGGAAAACAAAUACAAAAGCAGCUUUUCCAGAAAUUGGGUCGCGUUCUUUUUUUUUUGAGAUCGAAAUUUUUUUUUGCCUUUUGUUAUGGAAACUUUGAGCACAUGCUUCGCCUGAAACGCAGCAGCUGGACCCAGUAGAGAAAAUCCCUCCCUUGCACAACUCCACCAGCAAGCGAGCGAGCGCAAUGAGCGUCGUUGGCAAGCAACUGAAUCCCGUUCAAUCAAGUUCUGCCGCCGCUGUCGCCGCCUCCUCAACGGCGGCUGCAGUCGCUGCGGGCAGCAGCAGCAACAGCAGCAGCGAGCCUAACAGUGCGAAUGCAGCAGCUGGUGGCGCCGCUGGCAUCGGCGCUGGCGACACUAAGCGAAAGGAGGAGUCCAAUGUGACGCCGGAGGACGUGUUGCAUUUAACUAAAAUAACGGACGAUUAUUUGUGCUCGGCGAAUGCGAAUGUGUUCGAAAUUGACUUUACGCGCUUCAAGAUACGCGACCUGGAGAGCGGCGCCGUACUCUUUGAGAUAGCCAAGCCGCCCAGCGAGCAGUUCCCUGAUGGCCUAUCCGUCGAGGACACUAUGCUGGCCGCCGCCGAGGAUCUAUCGCUCGAUGACACUGCCGAUCCCAAUGCCGGACGCUAUGUGCGCUACCAAUUCACGCCAGCCUUUCUCAACCUGAAGACAGUGGGCGCCACGGUGGAGUUCACUGUGGGCAGCCAGCCCGUUAACAAUUUUCGCAUGAUUGAACGUCACUUCUUCCGCGAUCGCUUGCUAAAGACUUUCGACUUUGAGUUCGGCUAUUGCAUUCCAUAUUCCAAAAAUACGUGCGAGCACAUCUACGAGUUUCCAAAUCUUCCGCCAGAUCUAGUUGCUGAAAUGAUAUCCAGUCCCUUCGAGACACGCUCGGACAGCUUUUACUUUGUGGAGAAUCGACUCGUAAUGCACAACAAGGCGGACUACGCCUAUGAUGGUGGAAUUAUUGUCUAACUACGCUGAGAGCUAAGAAUUGAUGCAGCAGCUAAACUAUAACUAAAACCUAGAGCUAAAAAGAAAAACUAAACUAAAGCUGACUCACCAACACACACACACACACACACACAGAUGCAUACACAACACGCACAUCAAGCGACAACCAAAGCAAGGAACAACAUGGAAAUAUUAAAGGAAAAUAAACCAUUUUAGCCUUAGCACAAUGUUUUACCCACCAUUCCUGUUUAAUGUAUUUAUUAUGAUAAACAAAUUCACACACACACACACGCACGCACGCAAACUGUGUUCAU